GACUACUUGCUCUCAAUGAUCGGUUAUGCUGUGGGUCUGGGCAAUGUCUGGAGAUUCCCUUACCUAGCAUACAGAAAUGGAGGAGGUGCGUUUCUUAUUCCCUACAUAGUCAUGUUGGCAUUCGCUGGGCUGCCCCUGUUUUUCUUGGAAUGUUCUAUUGGGCAGUUUGCCAGCCUCGGGCCUGUUGCGGUAUGGAAAGCUGUGCCACUCUUUCAAGGUGUUGGUAUCACAAUGGUCCUUCUGUCAACAUUUGUGACCAUUUACUACAACUGCAUCAUUGGAUACAGCUUGUACUACUUGUUCGUUUCCUUCCAAUCCAUCCUGCCGUGGGCAGACUGCUUCAGUUGGUGGGGUGCAGAUGAAACAUGCAGCAGGACUGUCAAAGAUCCACUCUGCAAUCUCACUCUCAGUGGUGGACAUUUUGAAAUCGUUAAUGAAACAUGGCUGCAUGCAAACAAUGAAACUUGCCCAAAUGGAUCAGAAAUCAAUGUUGUUCACUUCGGUCCAAGUGAGCAAUACUGGGAUAAAGUGACUUUGCAGCGUACAAGCUCAAUCGAUGAGACUGGGGGGAUAGUCUGGUACUUAGCCCUCUGUCUGCUUCUGGCCUGGGUAAUAGUUGGGAUGGCGUUAUCUGGAGGAAUCAGAUCUUCAGGAAAGGUGGUUUAUUUCACUGCAAUAUUCCCUUAUGCGGUUCUGACCAUACUUCUAGUCCGAGGUGCUACUCUGGAGGGAGCCUAUAAAGGAAUUCAAUUCUACAUUGGAACCCAGUCAAACAUCACUAAAUUGGGAGACGCUGAGGUCUGGAAAGAUGCUGCAACACAGAUUUUCUUUUCACUGUCACUCGCUUGGGGAGGCUUAACAGUCCUGUCAUCCUACAACAAGUUCCACAAUAACUGUUAUCUAGAUAGUAUCAUUGUCUGCGUUGUUAAUUGUGCUACAAGUGUGUUUGCUGGAUUUGCCAUCUUCACCAUCCUGGGACACAUGGCUCAUGUACAAGAUAAGCUUGUUUCAGAGGUUGCAAAGUCAGGUUUCGGUUUGGCUUUCAUCGCCUACCCAGAAGCUCUUGCACAGUUGCCAGUGGCACCUUUUUGGUCCAUUUUAUUUUUCUUCAUGUUGGUUACUCUGGGACUCGACAGUCAAUUUGCAAGUGUAGAAAUAGUUAUAACGACGUUGCUGGACCAAUUCCCCAAUUAUCUAAGAGCAAAGCGCUUUUGUUUGACAUAUGGUGUUUGCUUGAUACUUUUUCUCAUGGGCCUUAUAUGUGUAACACAGGCUGGGAUUUACUGGAUCAAUUUAAUUGACCAUUUCAGUGCUGGAUGGGGAGUUCUUGUAGUUGCUAUCAUGGAAUUCACUGGUCUAAGCUGGAUCUACGGCAUGAACAAAUUCAUCAAGGACAUUGAGGUGAUGAUUGGGGAAAAGAAGUGGCUGUUCUGGCUGUGGUGGAGAAUGUGUUGGAUUUUUAUCUCCCCGGUUUUGCUGGUGGUAGUCUUAAUCUGGUCCUUGGUAACAUUCGCUGUUCCAACAUAUGGACCUAUUCCGUACCCUGGCUGGGCAAUAGCACUUGGCUGGUGUAUGAUAACCUUCUGUAUUAUAUGGAUCCCCAUUGUAGCCAUUGUGAAAAUUGUCCAGGCUGGGGGUUCCAACUUAUGGCAGAAAGUUGUUGCAGCCUCCAAGCCAACUCCAGACUGGGGUCCAUUCUUGGAACAACACAGACAGGAAAGAUACAACACUAAUCAUGAUACUUCACGAACUAGUGUAUCUGAAAUGGAAAAACUUUAG